GAUGUCACUGUGCCCUAGAAUAGUGUGUUACAUGAUCCUCAGGUAUCCUUGGUUGUUUUUACGGCCUCGCUUGUUCAUUUAUACUUUGUAUCAUGUGCUUGUGUGGUUUUUUGUGUGUUAUUGAACUGAGCUUGUGAAUAAUUAAAUCCUUGUAGAAAUAAUUUGUGGACUACUGUUAUGAUGAUGAUGAAGAUGAUUAUUAUUAUUGGUUGUAUAUCACGGGUUUGGAACUGGAAAUGCUCGAAUUCUUAAUAAAAUGUGUUCCUGAAAAUAAAUUUAUAGUAAGUCUUGUCUGGGAAAAGACAGCUCACUUUGCCUUUAGUGCCUUGACGAUCAUUAACCCAUUGGCUCUCGGCGUUAGUCCUGCCAUGGAAACACUAUGCAGUCAAGCCAGCAUUCUAUUUCUAUGGCAACGGCCCGGAAGCGGACUGGGAUUAGAACAGUGCUGCUCGACCUGAGAGUCGCUCAAAAGUUUGUCAGUGAUUCUUUUUCAACUCUCUAGCCCUGUCUUUAAGCAGCUGGGCCAAUUUUGCAAUGAGUUCUCAACGGGAGCAAGAUGGACACUCACCUAGACUGGAGACUGUGAUUCAGAAGUUGGAGGACUCCCUGCUUCACUCUGAUGGCAGCUCAGGAGAGAGGACUCUGAUGCUUCGAGGUGAUGGACAAGAGUCCAGUAUUUCGCCGACGCCUGUCACCACCCGCAUCCGCCAGAUCAUCACCCGCCACCUGGCCGAGCAGCCAGCCGGUGAGAGCUCUGAGGUCAGUGAGCUGGAGGAGAGCAGGGCCCUGGGGAUCAGCUGUCUCCAAGUCAGUUGGACCAUGACCAGUCGUCAGACAAACAG